AUGCGGUCGGGACGGUUUGGACCGUCGCUGCUGGGAGUGGAAGCGGCGAUGGUGGGACAGAAGGAGCAGGCUGCUUCUGGUGAGUGCAGAUGGUGUGUGAGUGGCAGUGGUGGUGGCGGGGGGAGGGUUCAUGGCUUGGCGCAUGCGGUCGGGACGGUUUGGACCGUCGCUGCUGGGAGUGGAAGCGGCGAUGGUGGGGCAGCAGGGCAAGGAGCAGUCAGCUUCUGUAGUGGCAUGGCAGGGGGAGGGAUCGUGGCGUGGCACAUGCGGUCGGGGCGGUUUGGGCCUUUUCUGCUGGGAGUGGAAGGGGCCAUGGUGGGGCAGCAGGGCAAGGAGCAGUCUUUUGCCUAUGACGCACCAUUCCCACCUCACUUCCUAUCUCCCUUCCCCUCCUUCACCCCUCCCCACAACCCCUUGCGCUCCUUCCGUUGCUCCAGAAGCAGCAGCAGGCACGGACGAGUAUUCGGAGGUGGAGGAGGUGCAGUGGGCGGUGCGUGUGAAGCAACAGCAGGUGCAGAGGAGUACAGCGAGGUGGAGGAGGUGCAGUGGGCGGUGCGGGUGGUGAGGCACUGGCAGGAGGUGAAGGCGGCAGCACUGGGCCCGUCACACUGGGUGGACCGGUUGGGGGAGAUCCUGGAGGGGCCGAUGUUGGAGCUGUGGCGCAACAGAGCCAAGGAGGUGGAGAACAACGGGUGGUUCUGGGUGUACAGCUUCCUUAGUCUCAAUGGUCCCAUGCUGGAGCUGUGGCGCAACAGAGCCAAGGAGGUGGAGAACAACGGGUGGUUCUGGUCUGGGAGUGGAGAUGGCAGCAGUGAGCAAGUGUCAAAAGAAGGCUGUGGUGGAAGCAGUGGUGCAGUAGGCAGCACGGCUGGUGGAUGCAGCGGACCCGACCCAUGGCCCUCCCACCCUCGCUCCCUUGUUCCCUUCCUCCCUUCCUCCCUCUCUGCUCUCCCACAGGUGGAGAUGGCAGCAGUGAGCAAGUGUCAGAAGAAGGCCGUAGUAGAGGCGGUGGUGCAGGAGGCGGCACGGCUGGUGGAUGCAGCAGACCCGACCCACAACGAUGCGUACAGAAGCACGUACACGGCGCGGUACGAGCUGCUGCAGACCGGCACCUGCUGGAAGAUUGUAGGCGGUACUGUGCUGCGGUAG